CAUUCAAAAUGGCCGCCGCCUGUCACGGGCUUAUUUACUCGUCCAGCUGACGCAGUACUUUGAUGAUUUUUCUAGUUUUUACUGAUCGAAGUCGCAUUGUUGUUUUCAUAUCAGGAGGAAUGUGCCCAGAUAGAUCAACAGGAUGAGUUCUAGGCGUGGACAUUUCAAAGACAGGAUUUUAGAAGGCAUUGCGAAGGCUAUAAAAGAGGUUCAUGCCUUUAGUUGUAGCGCUGAUGGUGAAAUCGUGACUGUUACAAAUGAUGACCGACCCCUACAGAAACUAGUGGAGAGACUGGACCAUGCAUUCCUGCAUGGGUUAAAGAAUGUAACCCGUGGCUAUUGGGGUGUGGCUAAGCUCUUUGCUCAUCGAGGAAUCAUUGAUGAGAUAACAAAGCUGGAUCGGCUGACAACGGAUCUUGGGAGAAGUCGGGCGUGGCUGUACAAAUCACUGAAUGACACAUCGUUGGAGAGUUAUCUAAGAUGCUUCCAGGAGAAUCCAAGCACGAUGAGGAAGUACUAUGUAGAGACGGGGAUGCUGAGGGACAAGCAGAGGGUGAUGGUACUACAGACUCUCAUUGCUGGCCUGGACUAUGUGACCUUUGACCUUGAAAUAAACAUUGCCUAUUUUGAUCUGGUCAGCUACAUCCCUCGCUCGGCCUCCGUAUCUGAACCCGAAGAUGACACCACAACUCCAUCCAACGACAGCGUACCCACUACUCCCGGUACCCCAGCGACCAUCCCCGAUAGUGUCUCUUCCAUUGCAAGCUCCGAGCCGUUCUCACCAAUGGAUGAAUCUCCCCAAUCAGAUAUCAGAAUCCCAAAUAUUGUCAUUAAGAACAGAUCAGACAUUGAAAAGCGACACUCCUUCCCACAACACUAUUCUGAAAUUGAUGAGAACGUUCCUCCACUAGUUGAGACCCCUCCACCAGAGGACAAAGGAAUGGGGAAAGUACCUGGAGACAAGUUUUUCAACAGAUCUUUCAGCGCGGGGAAAAUCAUCGAAGGGAAGCCGACAAGGCCGUCUUCCCUGGGUGUUCCAUUUCGCAAUGAGAGAUCCUUGAGUUCAGAUGCAUCGUUUAAAUCUGUGGAGGAAGGUUUUGAAGGCAGCGAUCUGGAAGUCAUCCGGGUCAAGACCAAGAAGACCAAGAAAGGUCACAAGAAGAAGAAGAGGGGAGACCGAACGUCACUGGAUGGAGACAAGCUGUCCAGAAACGGAAGCUCUGGCACACUGAGCUCAAUGUGUGAUGACAUUGAGACACCUAGUCCAAGGUUGGAAACUCAAGCAGGAGACUCCAUAUCAAAAUCUAGCUCUUACUCUUCCCUGCACAGUUUCUCAGACCGGGCAUCGUGGAAUGAGGCUGCCAUCCUGGGCAAAUCAGAUGCCGACAGCUUAAGUGGAAUCAGUUUUGAAGUGAAGACUGACAAUCAACAAGAUAAACACACACCGAAUGAGCAGUGUGAUGAGAUGGAUGGCAUGACAGAUCUGAAGAAACUUAUUAAGGAUAUGAAUGAGAAGACGACUAACUUGAGGCUAGAAAUAGGCCAGACCAAAGACACGAACGACUCGCCUCAACUGAGCCACACAAAAGAUGAUUCCGAUUUUGAGCCUCGUUCAUUUGACAGCGAUUCAGCAUUACCAAACAGUUCUAAUCUUGCCAAGUUCCAACCUGAAAUCAUACGUCCAGACGUGAAGCCUGAUCUAGCCCCUGCCUCAAGAGCAAGUCUGAACUUUGAUGAAACGGUGACAAUGACUCUAGGUACUACUCAAGCAUCAAGCCAAGGAGAUCCUCCGCCAUCGCAAGCCCUGCCCGAUCUGAUCCAGAAGAAGGAUAGUCAAUCAGAUCUCGAUACCUCUCUGACUACCGUGCCCUCGGAGACAGUAACCAGUUUUGCCAGUCUAUUCGCUAAGCCCGCAUCACCAACUUCCAUGAGUCCUGAGGACCCCCUUCCCCUCCCAUCGCCUAGCUCCUCCUCCUGUUCGGCCUCAGACAUCUCGGCCAAUCCGAGCGAGGAAGGAUUGAAUGAGACAAGCGGUAGUAGCGGUAAAGGAGUGAGGUCAUCUUCAGAUGCUAGCUCCUCAUUCAAGGAAUCCAUGGAGGCAGAUGAGGGCACCAGUGAUGUUGCCAAGGAAACAGCGACCAUGGCAGCAUUGGACGUGGGCAGUGAAAGUCAUGAAGCAGAGAUCGAAGUGGACAACAACCUCAAGCUGUAUUUGAUGCUGGAAAUCUUUAAGAAGGAACACGAAGAAUUUAAGAAGUUGAUUCGUAUGAGUACUGGUCACAUGGAAGGUGAUUUGCAACCAGCUUUCAUCUUACUCACUGAUCAAAUGUUGUACAUCCUGAGACGAGGCGAUAAGCAAGGUCACUACUCAACUCAGCAGAGAUUGCCAUAUACCACGCUAGAUUACAUCUCGGUCGGUCUGAACUAUCAGACCAUUCAGGUUGUCUGUACUAACAGGAGAAGGCAGUACUGGCUGACAACUGGAGACGAAUCACUCACAAGGUUCUUCCUGUCCUCCCUGAAACAUAUCAUGGAGGAAAGUCAACUAACCAAGGAAUCAAUCAGCAUCUUGACAGAUGCUACAGCUCAGAUGAUAAUGCUGAGAAAGUGGGCCGCACAGGAAAGCAAGACUGAAAUGCAAAAUAUCAAGCUCCACCUGUACUCCCUAGUCCACUGGGAGGACCUGACUGACCUCUCCAUGACCCCUGACCUCCAGCUCUAUGAACCCCAGGUCACACGCAAAGGCUACCUCCAUUACAAGGUCCCUGGCAAUUUCCUUAAAGGAAACUCAUGGAAGAAGGCAUGGUUUGCUCUGAGGAAUGAGAUGUUCUGUCGGUUUCUCCAACGGAAAGACCAGCAGCCUGAUCUUAGCGUACAGCUCAGAACGCCGUAUUUUGGCGGCUGCCGACGGGUGAGAAAUGGAGAUCGCCCUCACAGUUUUGAAUUGAUCUUAUCUGACGGAGCAUCGCUAGAGUUGGCAUGUGACAAGGAGGAGCAGGUUUCUGAUUGGCUACAGGCAAUAUGUCAGGUCGUAGCACAAGCGCAAGUUGCGGCUACCAGUCCCACCCACACUCCGUCCCCCUGCCAGCCCUGCUGUUCAGUCAUUACCUCUCAUAAACUCCUCAUCUGCCAUGAGGAUUGUCAGACUAACUUCUAUCGUCUACUGGCUGGGGUUGAUAUCACCGACAUCUCAGGAUUGACGCAUGAUCCACAGGAUGGGACUUAUGUCAUUGUUGAGUUUCAGUCCGAGUGUGCUCAGAACCCCUGGGUGUUUUACUUCAAUAGUGUCCAGGAAAAAGCCAAGUUUGAAUCCACGUUGAACAGUGCUUGGAAGGAACAGUUACAGGUUGAUUUACCAGUAACGCCCAUCGACGAUGACCGCGUGCACAAGAGAUGCUGUGAGUGCUCUGCUCUCAUCCAGUCGUCAUGGCAACGCAGUGAUAGUCUAAUGAGAGGUCGCAUCGGAGGAAGUAUCUGGUAAAAUUGGGCCGUGCAAAAAUAACAAUUUAGUAAUCAUCUUUAUUUGAUUUUAUGUAAGUAAAUGAAAAUCUUUUUGUUGUUUGCCCUUUUUAUCGUAAAUUAAGCAAAGAUGAAGUUACUGUGAGGUCUGUAGUACUGCCUCAAUAUAUCAAUGUCGUCUAAGCUGCCAAAUAAUUCACUUGAGAAUGUUAGGUAAAAUAUAUGCGAAGAUUAGGAACUGUUCAGGUUCUCAUUGUGAAAUGGAUCAUUCAAAAUUGAAAAUGUACGUGUAUUAAUAAGUGUAAAUACAGUGAUUUAUGAUUGAUAAGCACCAAUCUAAACGAGAAAUUCAAAAGAUAUAUAUUCACUCACACCGUAUUGUAACAAUAUGCAAGUUGUCCUGCAUUGUAACUGUCAAAUGUUGACUCCGUGUGGAAUACUGAGGCUUGUUAAAAGCCUACUGUCAGAUUUGAGAGAUAAUGGGCUCCGUGCACUAACUGAGAGGGCGCUCUUUUACCAAUUUUGAGAGCCCAUUGGACGGGACACACCAGGUGAUCGUACUGAUUUGCGCAUAUAUAGGGCAAAGUAAGUACUACUGAUGUUAUUCUGAAUGUACAAGGCAAUAGCAUCUUCGCAUGAGCGUCAAGCGUCGUCAGCAAUGCGUUCCAAUCUCUCUCCCAGUGGUCUCCCCCAACUCUCCCUUUCUUACCGUUGAGGGGGUACUUGUGCACGGAACCUACAUUGUCACUACCGUGAGAUAUUAAUGAGAAAAAAAAUUGAGAAACGUGUGAUAUUUCUCUGUGUUGCACUUACACCAAGAUAUAAAAAAUAUGUUUAUGUGCUUUAAAAAACACUUUAAUUUGCUCUACUACUGACACAGAAAACUUGCUUGAAAACUUCUUUGAGAUCUUAAUUGAUACUCCAAAUGGGAAGACUUUUAAUUUUCCUUUUAUAUAGCCAGAAAGUAAAUGUUUCUUUACAUGAAAUACUUAAUGAAGUGCAAUACAAAUAUCAAAUAUGUUCAAUCAAUGCUUCCUACUACCUGAACUAAAAUGCAAUUUUUGUUUUAUAUAUACAUGUACCGAACUUUGUCUAAUUUGGGUUAUACUUUUUUAUAGCAUUACUUAAUAUAAUUUUCUUCUUCAAAUUAAAUUAGUAUAAUUAAUUAUUUUUCAUAUGCUUUAAACUGUAAAUUUGUACUAAUAUUUCCAGUAUUACAUCAAAGUUGUUCAUGAGAUUGCUUGGAAUUUAAACGACAAGGAACACAAUCAUUGUUUCUUUGUUUAAAAAAAUACAGUGAUUUAAAAAGCUGCCCAGUUGUUGAAAAAAAUGUGAACACGUUUAAAAUGUCCAUCGCGUGGCUUGAUGUAACUCAUAAAUUGAGUAAGUUUAGCUUAAUGUGUAUUAAAGCACUUUAUGAUAAAUGCCAUAUCAUGACAAGCAGCCAAUUGACUCAAUACACAGAAAAUGCCUAUAAUUCAAUGUUAAAGAUUUUAUUGAUAGUGUGGCUUCUGAGAUAUCAUAGAAGUGAACACAGAUGCUGUAAGCAUUGAUUCGUGGGUACUGGUGGGGCUAAGUGUUUGGGGGAGGCUUAUUGGUAUUUCAGAGAGAAUGUAGAAUCCAGACGCCACUUCUUUGGUUGUGUACAAAAUGUAUGUUGAAUGAGUGCAUUUUCGAAGUAUUUUUUAACAUAAUUGGAAAUGUUUCUCAGUCCCAGAUUCAUGUCAGUUCAACAUUUUUGCAAUGACUGACCUUCAGUGAAAUGAUCUAUGAUGAAAAAAGCGGCGUCAGGAUGCAAUAUUCUUUCGAUAUUUCCAUCAGGCAUGGUUGGUUUUUAAUGCAAUGAGGGGCAAAUUGAGCCCCAAACCCAGUACCUUAAACAUGUAUUUGUCCUGCUUUAUCCCAUUCGCUCCUGUUCAAUCAAACAUCGUGAUGAAGCUGUCAUGCUAUCUUAUUGCAACUCUUUCCAAACGAAAUCGAAUCUGACUUUCAGAAUGAAAUAGCGUUUUAGUCCUAGCCUAUGAAGUUAAUGUUUCAGGCAAAAUGUGACCGUAAAAAUGUAUUUAUUCGAUCAAAUUGAAAAUAAUUUUCUCCCAUAAAAGUCGUAUAUGUACAUGUAAUGAGCCAAAUUGAAGUGCAUUGUUGACUGUCUGUCUUGUCUAGGGGAGGGGGGAGGGAUCCAGGGGGUUGGAUCAACAGCCUUCACAAGAGAACAAUUCGGACUUCUUAAAACUUUUGAGGUCAAUAAUAUAUAAUAAUAAUAAUCAGGGCACUUAUGUAGCGUUCUUACACAAACUGGUAUCACAACGCUUUACACGAUCUGAGCCAGUUGACUGGUCAGUUAGCACCGAUGAGUAUUGUGAGUCUGCUUCGUCUUGUGUAGCAUUUCGUGUAUACUGGCUGAAGUUUGUCUAGACCACAGACGAGUCCUGGUGCGCGAUUACUGUACUAAGGCCCCCUUCAAUGGCGAAAGCACUGCUCAAGCUAUUGUACCAAGUAACUUCUCAGUGACUGAUUAUCGGAACAAUAGCUAGCACAAUGCUUUCGCCAUUGAAGGGGGCCUUCAUGAUAGAAUUGACAGCGUGCUCGGAUUGGUCUGUACUUGAAAAUAAAUGUACCCAAAGCUGUUGUGUGUAAUCUGUGGUUUGCGUCCUUAUCAGUGCCUAAUAAACAAAAAUGGCUUGAA